AUGUUGUUUAUUAUAACGGUGCUUAUCGUGUUUUUUAUCAGUAAUGCAAAUACUUUAAAAAACUGUGAUGACUGUAUUACUAUAGAUCACUGUAGGCCCGCAUUGGAGCGGGUUCUUGUGGACAAAAGUCCGGAAACAGAGAGACUAGUGAGAAACGCUUAUUGUGGAUACGAUAAAUUACCAAAGAUUUGCUGCUCAGAGUUUGUGUUAACGCCAUCUAAAUAUAAUGAUAGUGAUGAUAUCGAAAAUCAUCCCAAUGUCAAACUUCUUUCGGAAGAUUGCGGUGAAAUUGACGGAAAUCGUAUUGUGGGUGGAAGUGCAGCCUCUUUGUACGAGUUUCCUUGGAUUGUUCUUAUCUCUUACAAAUAUGGACAGUCGCUGAAGUUCGAGUGUGCAGGUACCUUGAUAAAUUCAAAAUAUGUAUUAACGGCAGCACACUGUGUCCAGAACAGGACCAUCGCCGGUGUCAGAGUUGGAGAAUACGAUAUCAGUUCACGUGUUGACUGUGUGGGAGAAGGAGAAACCCGCGUUUGUGAGACUAGACAUCAGGAUAGAUAUGUUGCAGAAAUCAUCACUCAUAAUGAAUAUAAAGCCGCUCCGAAGGUGAUGAACGAUAUCGCUCUACUUCGCCUGAGCCGACCCGUUAACUUAACUUAUAAAAAUUCAGGAACAAUAUGUCUGCCAGUUAUGAAAAGCUUGCGUGAAAUGAAUUUAGAUGGUGAGAGAGCUACGGUUGCGGGUUGGGGUUUUACUGAGAACUAUCAAAGAUCCAAUGUUCUACUUAAAGUCGAAUUACCCGUAUACUCUCCCAAAACAUGUAAAGCUUAUUAUAACAGGAAUCAAAGGUCUGAUAACACUGACGGGUUGAAACAUAAACUAUGUGCCGGUGAGAUCGGUCGAGAUUCAUGCCGAGGCGACUCCGGCGGUCCCCUUAUGCUUGAAGGUCAUUACAAUGAGUCGGACAGAUAUAUCCAAUUUGGUAUCGUUUCUUACGGUCCGUCACAGUGUGGUUCUAACACCCCUGGAAUAUACACAGAUGUCAGAAUGUUUAUGAAAUGGAUUUUAGAUACUAUCAAACCCUAG